ACGGAAGGAGAGGACAUCAGCAAGCUGGAGAAAGCGGACAUUCUGGAGCUGACGGUGCGUCAUUUACAAAGGCUACAGGGCUCACGGUCUUCUGGAUUGUCAGGCACGAUUACGAGGAACGACGAGGUCUCUGCCGAAAGUCGCUGGAUGUCCGGUUUCGGCCACUGCGCAGCUGAGGCCUACAGAUUUCUCUCGGCUGUUCCAGGUGAAGGCGCGGAAAGGUUAGCGAGGCACCUCGCAGCUGGUCUUCAGAAGAGUCGGCAAACGAACUCCACGGUAAAAACGAACGCGCUGACGCAAACAUUGGCGAACCUGGAACUCACUGCUGAUUUAUUGACAUCUUCGACCGCGAAUUCAGCCAUUGACAGUGUCCGAGUGACCUCUUCCAGGCAAAGUACGGUAGUUUACCGUGGAUUACCUCGAGAUGGUGUGAAUUUUAACAUAUCAUCUGACAUCGACACUACGACUGCGAAAAGUAGCGAAAAUUUGGACCCUAGAUGCAACUCUGACACGAAAGACGUUAAAGAAGAGCGAGCAUCGAAGAGGGUUAAAACGGAAGUCAAAGCUGAGGACGACGAAGAAAUCGACGUGGAACGAGUCGACGAAGCUGAUCCCAUGUGGCGACCUUGGUAG